AUGGGUAGUUUUGCCAUCUGGUGUAAAAAAGGGCCGGUUUUGAAAUCCAGCCCCCAGCCCGUCCCCAAACCGCGGACGAUCAGCGCGGGCCUGAGGCAGCUCUCGCUCCAGCCCUCCGCCUCAGACCAGAAGUCACCCGUGGCUCGAGGCAGCGUCAAACGCGCUUCUCAGCACGAAUCUCUGUACGACGCCUCCAACAUCUACGGCCUCUCGGCCAUGGAUGGCGUGCCUUUCACACUACACCCCAAAUUCGAAAGCAAGCUCAGUUCUGGCAGUAACGCUAUCCUUGCAGACCUGAACGUCAAGUCGCUUGCCGAUAUCGAGAAAGAGUACAAUUACACUUUUGUCGUCGAAAGGACGGCCGCUGCCAGGCUCCCGCCCAGCGUUUGUUAGCACCGGAGUCUACCUCGAGGAUGUAAACCGCAGCCAGGCACCCAGCUGGGCUGAGCCCCUCUCCUCUCUCUCUCUCUCUCUCUCUCUGAUUAAAGUUCAGGCUACCUGAAGAAAUGCAAUCGACACCCGAUUACGGGAAUCGCUUAGGGAGAAAAAUAAAUGCGUUUCUCUUC